AUUAACUUAUAAAUAUUUGUGGCCUUUCUUGACAACAUGGCUGGCUGUUAGGCUACUUUAUUAAUUCGUAUACAAUCAUUAUAUAAGUAAUAGGCCAGUAAACUCUGAUAUAUGUAGCUAGAAAUCAUUUUUUUUUAGUAUUCAUUAAAUAAUCCUACUACAUUAUUUCAAUUGGGUAAUUUGUAUGCAGAGAGUUAUCGCGCGUUGAUUAACAUUGCUUUCUUUUUAAUGUUAUGUUUGGGAAGUAGCGCGUGGGCUACGAUGAGGACCGGUCUCUGUGAAGGUCACUCGGUCACUGGACGCCGCGGACACGUAACCUCUUUACAAUUACGACGCAUCAUUAACCACUUGUCAAAGAUUAAAAUAAUUAAAAUUUUUAUUUGACAAUAUUAUAAACUGCAAAUGACCAUAUUCGUGUUGUUAGACCGAAUCACCCAGGAGCACUGCGACGGGUCUAAAAGGAGUCUAUGUCGACACAGGACUAAGUAUAGAAAGGGAUCGCGGUGAGCGCGACUACAUCGGUUUUGCGACGCUGCCGGAGCAGGUUCACCGUAAGUCCGUGAAGCGAGGCUUCGACUUCACGCUGAUGGUGGUCGGCGAGUCCGGUCUCGGCAAGUCCACGCUCAUCAAUAGCCUCUUCUUGGGCGACCUCUACAGAAAUAGAACAAUACCCGAUGUACACGAUAGAUUAGAAAAGACGACAACUAUAGAGAAAAAGACGAUGGAGAUCGAAGAGCGAGGCGUACGACUUCGGUUGACGAUAGUGGAUACGCCUGGUUUCGGGGACGCCAUCAACUGCGAGGACUCGUGGCGGGUCUGCUCCGCAUACGUCGACGACCAGUUCCGGCAGUACUUCACCGACGAGAGCGGCCUCAACCGCAGGCACAUGCAAGACAACAGAGUGCAUUGCUGCCUUUACUUCGUACCGCCAUGGGCUCAUAGCCUGAGGCAAGUGGACGUGGAGAUGAUGCGGCGGCUGCACAGGAAGGUGAACAUCGUGGUCGUCAUCGCCAAGGCAGACUCACUAACUGUCAUGGAAGUUAAGAAACUCAAAGCGCGCAUACUUCAGGACUUAGAAGAUUAUCAAAUACAAGUGUACCAAUUCCCCGAGUGUGACAGUGACGAGGACGAGGAAUUCAAACAGCAGGACCGUGAGCUAAAAGCGGCGGUGCCUUUCGCCGUGGUCGCUGCAGACACCGUCAUGGAGGUCGGCGGUCGGCGCGUGCGCGGCAGACAGUAUCCAUGGGGCAUCGUUGACGUGGAGAACCCGCGUCACUCGGACUUUACGAAGCUGCGCACGAUGCUGAUCUCGACGCACAUGCAGGACCUGAAGGACGUGACGCAGGACGUGCACUACGAGAACUUCCGAGCGCAAUGCAUCUCGCAGAUAUCGCAGCACGCAUUGCGAGAACGAGGAAAACUGAAGAGAGAUUCCAUGGGCAAUAACAAUGAAGUAGUUUUUACAGACACCGAUCGUUUAUUACUACAAAAAGAUGAAGAGAUUCGACGCAUGCAGGACAUGUUGACUCAAAUGCAGGAGAAACUCAAGGCUUCCGAUAAAAAGCACGACAGCAUUAUAGAUGUAUAAAACAUAGACUGCAAUAUUUAGUUGUAGCGUUAUUUAUAAACGUAUUAUAAGGUUCAAACUUUAAGGCAGCUUGUGGUUAGCUGCGAGCAAAUAUCAGCAGCCGACACUCUCUCAGCACCUAAAUUUUUGUCUGUGCGGCGUCUCUUAUGAAAUUGCGAUCCGCCAUAAAGUUUGAAUAGCACUGUACCUUUUCCCAUAGAUAGUAGUUAACUAUAAACCUCUUGAUAUUUAUGGAUUGGAUUGAUAUAGAGAACUUAUUGUCAAUAACGGGAACGAGGUGUAAAUAUUAAUUAGUUAAUAAACUAGUUACCUAGUUAUUCUGCUGAUUUUAGAACUAAAUAUAUAUUCUAUUGAUAUUAAUAGUCUAAUAAAUUAAUUAUUAGAAUUUUAUUGUAAUUUUUUUCACUAUUUAAAGAUCUGUUUUAACAGACUUAUAAAAAAUUUUUAAAACCUUAAUAUUGUAGUUGAAUUACUUUAUUAUUUGUUUACAAUUAAGUUUUUGCCUAGAGUUAUUAAUAAUUCACAAAAUAAAUGCUAAUACUGAAAAAAAAAUCACUUUGUUAGCUUGAAUAACUUACCCGAGUACCUAAAUAUUGUAGACGAUACAUAAUGCGGUUGUUAUAAAUUGAUGUGCCAGUUACAAAACAAUAGUACGAAAACUUAAAAAGGUAAAACCGACCAGAAAGUGUAUACACACUAUUUAAUAUUAUGUUUUAUUUACCAUAUCAAUUAAUUUAGUUAACUGAAGUGUCAACGUAACAUAAAGUUAGAGUAGCAGAAUUUAAGUAGAAUUAUUUCGUUAUGUGUUUUAAUAAGUAGAAAUUGUAGUAAACAAAUGAAGGUUGAAUUUUCAAAAGAAAUAUUUUUACUCGCCAGAUUCCAAAUAAUGUAACCGAUUUGUUACACUCGUAUUACGACACUAUCGCCAUUCUUUUCAUUAUCUUUAAAAAAUCAAAGAUAGCAAUAUUGUUCUUAAGUGUCACGAUAUUAGAAAUUUACCUUAAUAGGUAAUUCUUAUCCUUUAUCAACCAAACGUAGCCAUACCUUUGCAAAUCAACCUCUAGUUAAAUUAAAAAAAUAAUUAAAUAAAAUUGUCGACAUAACUUCAUUGAGACCUAAAACCUAGCUCAGUGAUUUUAAAGCAGACCUACAAAUCCAUAAUUAUUUAUGCGAUCGAAUGUAAUAGAAUAAAAGAUCGACCUAAUCGUGUCAUCAAUAUACACAGUGAUAAAUAUUUUUAUUAACAACGGUUGUAACAAAGUUUUAUUAAGGUUUUUCAUUAUUUUUGUAAGCGAACUUUAAUAGUAUGUUUGUAAGCAAUGAUACUAUGUAUUUGUAAUUAAAUUUAAUCACUUUACAAUUUUCUGUAGCAAAGUAUUUUAAACAUAACUCAUAAAUAGACAAAUUUAUCUAUUUCUGUGUAUAUUAAUAGCUAAAAAAAGAUUUUGC